GCGCUGCUUCUAGUUUAUAGAAGGAUGGUGUACUGAACGCCUGUUUUACAGAACUCGGCCACUCCAAACACUUCGGGACCUUUUCUUUCUUCGGUUUACAUACUGACUUUUAGUUAUGGCUGAUAUCGCAGACGAAGGCUUCAACAAGGCACAAUCCAACGGUGAAAUUCACCCUGAAGCCAACGGCGCGCCGACUUCUCCGAAGUCGGGUAAAAUGGGGUGCUCUGUGGAAAGAGUCAAGAGGAUCAUAAAGGCCAACCUGCUGGUCAUCCUGACCGUGGCCGGGGUCAUCCUUGGUGUGCUGAUUGGACUCGGAGUGCGGAACCUAGAACUGACCAAAGCCCAGGUCAUAUACUUCGGUUUCCCCGGGGAACUCCUGAUCCGCUUGCUAAAAAUGAUUAUCAUUCCUUUAGUGGUGUGCAGUUUAGUAUCGGGGGCAGCCAGUCUGGACCCUAAGGCUCUGGGCAAACUCGGCGGUUGGGCAAUGCUGUUCUUUCUGGUCACCACGCUUAUCGCUUCGGCUAUCGGCGUGUCAAUGGCUUUCAUCGUCGGCCCGGGCAGUGGAGCCAGCGCCAAACCGACGCUGUCAGGAUUGGACGGAGGGAUCCCACAGUCCAAGGAUGUGGUGGAUUCAUUUCUGGACCUUAUUAGGAAUAUAUUCCCAUCGAAUCUGGUGUCUGCUGCAUUUCAGUCGUAUGCCACCAGCUACCGAUGGAUCACAACGGAGAAGAAUGUCACCAAGGCAGGAGUUGUCGUCAAUACCACCAUUGUCACGGAGAAGGUUCCUGUUGGAAUGGAAGUUGAGGGCAUGAACAUCCUGGGCCUGGUGGUGUUUGCCAUAGUGUUUGGAGUGGCACUGAGGAAGCUGGGGGAAGAAGGAGAAAUCCUUAUUAAAUUCUUCAACUCCUUCAAUGAGGGGACCAUGGUGCUCGUGUCUUGGAUUAUGUGGUAUGCCCCCUUCGGUAUCAUGUUUCUGGUGGCUGGGAAGAUUGUAGAAAUGGAGGAUGUGGUCCAACUCUUCACCAGCCUGGGCAAGUACAUCAUCUGCUGCAUCGUCGGCCACAUCAUUCAUGGCCUAAUCAUUUUGCCCGUCAUCUACUUCAUCUUUACCCGCAAGAACCCUUACGUCUUUCUGUGGGGUAUUGUGACGGCACUGGCCACUGCCUUUGGCACUUCCUCUAGCUCAGCCACUCUGCCCCUCAUGAUGAAGUGUGUUGAGGAGAAGAACCACGUCUCCAAGCGCAUCAGCCGUUUCAUUCUACCCAUCGGUGCUACCGUCAACAUGGAUGGAGCAGCGCUUUUCCAGUGUGUUGCGGCGGUCUUCAUAGCCCAGCUCAACAACUAUUCUCUUAACUUCAUCCAGGUCAUCACCAUCCUGGUAACGGCUACGGCUUCAAGCGUAGGUGCAGCUGGUAUCCCAGCAGGGGGCGUCCUGACACUUGCAAUCAUCCUUGAAGCGGUGGGUCUGCCCACCAAUGACAUCUCGCUCAUCCUGGCUGUCGACUGGCUGGUGGACCGCACCUGUACGGUGAUCAACGUCGAGGGAGACGCCUUUGGGGCUGGCCUGCUGCAGAACUUCGUGGAGAGACAAGGACUGAGUGAUGACACCGAACUGACGGAAGUCCGACUAGAAGGGGGCAACCAUUCUGCAAAGAGCCCCCCUCCGCCGGAGGAAGAAGACCUGCCUCUGCUCAAGAAGGACACCGCCAUCACGUUAGAAGGGGUCCUAGUUGCAGACCAUGAGAAGGAGUCGGUCAUGUAACUGGCCAGGGCCAACUGGCAUCCUUUCCAAAAAGGACAACUUUGAAGACUGGCACCCUUGACCUUUCAAUAAAGAAUGGGGGUGGGAGGACUGGUAGGAAAAGACAGAAAGAAGAACUUUUAAAACUUCCAUUGUUCAGUUUAUGGGCCAGAAGGACUCCACAACCGCGAUGGCAAGGAAGACUUGAGUCUUGUUUGAGAGACAGUUUCCCUAUUUAUUAUCUGAGCCGGCCACCCCGGCGUUGGCUCUGCGCUCUCUUCAGACAAUCCUUGGCAGACUCUCUGAGGUUUUUUUAUUAUUAUUUGGCAGCAUUCACUUGCUUUUAUUAUCAUUUAUUAUUAUUAUUUUUCUCUUUUUGGAUCACUCUCAGACAAUCUGCUCACAUUUCUCUUUGAAAGUUGCGUCAGAGCUGCCAAAUUGGGAUCUUCUUGCUCUACUUGAAGCUGGCUUCACCGACGGGACUUGUUCAGUUGUACAAAAUGCAAAAGAGGCGUCUCUUCUGCCCCGUGGCUUUGAUGGCUGCAGCAAAAUGGGUUUCUUACCAAUUUCUGUCUGUGUGUGAAACAUAUAGUGUGCAUUUCAUUUGUGUAGUCAUCGACCUUGUGUGUGUGUGUGUGUGUGUUUGUGAGAGAGAGCUGAACAUGUAUGUAUAUGUAGUCUUACACACAUGUGACCUGUGCCUAUGGGGUGUGUGAGAGAUAGCUGAACAUAUAUGUAUACUGUAUGUAGUCUUACACGUGACCUGUGCCUAUGGGGUGUGUGUGUGUGUGUGUGUGUGUGUGUGUGUGUGUGUAAGCGGAAUGUGCACACCUAUGGCACGCAGUGCGUUUUGAGUAGUGCAGUGUGUGUGGUGUGCACCAGUCUGUGUGUAUAUGCAGUGCAGACGUGCACUUUGCUCGGAGUGUUCACUUUUUUGUACACAGUACAGUAGUUUUCGUGUGUGUGUAUGUGUAGUGUACAUACCUUACAUGCCCCUAGUGUGCACAUCCUGCUGUGUGUGUGCAUAUUGUGUAUAUUUGUAGAAAUAAAGCGCACUUUGCAUUGAAUUAUAGACAUACCGUUAACAUAACGUCACAUGCGUCUGUGUUUGUAGUGCCCAAGAUUGCUGUUAAUACAACCAUUGACUGUGUGUGUGUGUGUGUAUGUAUGUAUUUACAUGAUCUACAUGGCAAUCCUCUCAACUGUGGUCACAUGUCAUGCCUAUGCAGUGAUACUGUGAUGCCCGAGAGGUCCCGGGGUUUUGAUUUAGUGGAAGGUCAUCAUGAUGGCAUUCCCACUGUAGCUCUUUUUUUUUUUUUUUUUAAUUCCACAAUCCGAAUCAUUUCUGGAAAUUACAAGUGGAGAGCCAUGAAGCCAAGUGCCAAGAAGAUGCCACUUGACUCUCCAUCCACGGUCGGUCGCCCCACUCAAGACUAAUGCCAGGUGUAGAGCCAGCCCCAUGACUCUUAAAGAGAUUGAUGUCCUCUCUGCUUUUGCUGUUCCUUUUGUAGUUUUCCAUGUGGAGUCUCCAGUACAUGAUGCCAGGCGGGCACUCAGGUUGUGCCAGUCUGGGCUGUGGUGUGUGUUGGUUGUUUUUUUUUUGUUUUGUUUUACCACUACCAUUUCAGAAUGGACCAUGACAGCCUUUUGAUUUUUCUUUUGUUCAAAUUAUGAAACCACUCCUGCCUGGGCUUGUACUAACUGAAUGCCAGCGUGGCCAUUGCCUGUGUGCCAACCGGGGAAGAACACUCCUGAUCUUAUUUAUUUUUUAUUAUUCUCUCCAAGUAAAAACCUCCCUUUUUUGUGUGUGUUUUAUGUUAAUAGCAAAAACGGUGGAAUAUCCCACUUUGGCAUCCCAAACCUCGUUCAUUGAUUUUUAUUCUUCUAUUCUCAAUGUUCCAUUUUCUUCUGAAACAGAAAUAAAGACUUUGAAAUAAUUAA